AAGAGGUGACAGCUCGGAUUCGGGUACAUACAGUACGUGAGUACGGAUACUCCGUACCUACACUACCUAAGACAAGCCUCAACUCAGCCCCAGCAUCACCAGCCGCUUUUCAACAUCAUCCCGAACUCUCAACCCCCGACUUCAAGUCGUCGCCCGAUCCAAAUUGAGAUCAGGACCGGGACCGAAAGUCCGCUGAUAUCACCAUGGCGGAUCCUUUUGAGGUUCGAAUGCGCUUCAGCAGCUCGCUGCAGCACUUGAAUGCCUCCGUCACUUCUGCGCAGAAAGCGGCCCAGUAUGCCCUCAAGUACAAGGAUAUGGACGAGGAUCUGCAUUCUUGUAUUCUGGAGCAGUUGGAGCGGAACAAUAUGAAUACACGCGCCAACAUCAUGUACUUUAUUGAGCAUUUCCUUGAGAUGGCUCAAAAGGACAAGCACAUGGACUACGUCCGCAUGAUGCAGCGCGACAUCAUUCGCAUCGUCGACGCUGUUGCUCCCGAUGACGGAUCCGGCGCUGCCAACGUCAAGGUCGUCCGAAGAGUCCUCCGAGGUCUCCAAGACAAGGACUUCCUCGAAGCCCGCACAGUCAUAGAGAUUGAAGAAGUCCUCAAGGAGCGCGAGACGAGCGCCCACGACGCAGGCCUCUCGUCCCCCGUCAAUGGCGAUGUCGAGAUGGGCGACGCGCCUCCCAGCCACGCGAUCCCGACUAAUGGUCGCGGGGGAGCCCCGCGCCUGGAGAAGCGCCAGAUUGAGCAGCGCAUCGAGGAGGACCGCGAGCGCCACAAGCGGCUGCGGGAGAGCAUAUGGGCUAUCCCGCCGCAAGGGAACGCCGAGAUUGACAAGAUUUGGGAUGAGACGAGCGAUUUUGGAGAUGACGACCAUAUCCUGGGCGAGGAGGAGUUUGCCGAGUGUUCUCAGGCUAUGAAGCACUCGUGUCCUCCUAAGCCGCCUGUCGGUCCUGCUAGUACGCGCAUUGCGAAUGGGAAGAAGAAUUGAGUAAAGGGCUUUCCAAGCUACGAGCAUAUCUUGGCGUUUCGGGGAAAAGGGAAAAAAGGGCGUUCGAGGGUCUGGUUUCGCGACACGACAAAUACCACAGGUAGCACCAGGGUCAGUGUUUUCAUGAACGUUAGCCCAAGUAUCUUUUUUUUUUCUUUCUUUUUUUGGGCAAGGUAGCUUGAGGCAAAGUCUAGAAUUGCAAAAAGGAGU